CUCCCGGGGUGGGCCCGCGACUAUAAGGGGUGGAGGCUGGGCUUCCGUGCUCGGCGUUCUGCGGUAGACCGCGCGUUUGGCUUCGGUACGUUUUGUGGCGGGAAGCUUCUGCGCUGCUGCUUGAUACCUACUUUCUUCCCGACUCCUACACGACCUGCUGCUACAGCCGGCCCUUCUCCCGGAGGAUCCAGAGGCCUUCCAGAGGCAGAAGGCAGCUCUGCUGCUCUGCGGAGGAGUAGGGUCCUUUCAGCCAUGAAGCAUGUGUUGAACCUCUACCUCUUAGGUGUGGUACUGACCCUACUUUCCAUCUUCGUUAGAGUGAUGGAGUUCCUAGGGGGCCUACGAGAGAUCCCAUCGCCUGGGACCUCCUGGACCACCAGAAGCCAGCUAGCCAACACAGAGCCCCCCAAGGGCCUUCCAGACCAUCCAUCCAGAGGCAUGUGAUAAGACUUCUUUCUGUGCUGGCCAUAUUUUGGAACGCUGACCUACACGUGUCCAGAUGGGAGUCCCAUUCCUAGCAGGCAAGCUGAGCACCAGUGUAACCAGAGAACUAUUACUAGGCCUGGAAGAACCUGGCUAACUGGAUGCUCAUUACCUGGACAAAGCCUGUUUAGGCCGGCUGCCGUGCUUUACGAAUGUAAUCCUAGCACUUUGGGAGGCUGAGGCAGGUGGAUCACCUAAGGUCAGCAGUUUGAGACCAGCCUGUCCAACCUGGUGAAACCUGGUCUCUACUAAAAAUAUAAAAGUUAGCCAGGCGUGCCGGGCGUGGUGGCUCAAGCCUGUAAUCCCAGCACUUUGGGAGGCCGAGGCGG